CUAAUCCCAAACUCUCGCAUGGACAGUCCUGUCCCUGCUAAACGCAAGAUCCUUCUUAAGGAGGAGAGCGAACCCAACGCCAAGAGGCAGAGAACUCGAGUCAGCUUCUCCUGUGGUGAAUGCCAUCGACGAAAGCAGCGUUGCGAUCGGAAUUCACCCUGCGCUCACUGUGUAUCGCGAAAAGUGCCGGAGCUAUGCAAGCCCUACAUGCCAGGCAAAAACGAUAAUAACGACAUUGCGGCCCGACUUGCCCGGGUGGAGCAUAUACUAGAGGUUGCGCUACCUCAAUUUGCGUCUCUGGAUGCUCGUCGGUCAAUUCAUACGGAUGAAGACUCUCGCUCCAACCCGGAUGACCAAGACCCAAGAGGAGGGACUUUCCAAAGUGGAAAGUGGUAUGGCAAUAGUGCGUCAGGCAGCAUUGCUCCUGGUUCAGUUCUUGAGCAACUCGAACAUGUCGUGCCAGCCGACAAAAAUGGGCGACACCCAGAUAUGAUCCUCCCACCACCCUCCAAUACUUUUCUUGAUGCUGUCCAAGCUGGCUUGGAGCCUACAGCUGCAGAUAACCUCAAGACUCUCGUUCAGGAAUGCGGAGUCUCCCCACACAAAGUCGCAGAGUUGCUGCAAGAGCUGCCUCCGACUCGAAUGUCUACAGUCCUGGUGGAUUACUACUUCCACACCGUUAACUGGACACGCUAUCCGAUCUCUGAACGCGACUUUCGUGCUUCAUUUAACUCCAUCUGUGAGCAUGGCACAACCGGCGUCAAUGCCCCGGCCGAUGUUAGCUUCUUGCCUCUCCUUUUUGCGGUGUUGGCAAUCUCGGUUAGACUUGCACCAGAGAGCAUUGGAGGCGAUGCUCGCUCUCGUCGGGUCACGUCUCUCCGAUAUUAUUGGUCUUCUCGACGGUCACUCCUUAUCGCCGCUGUGAUCCAGCCAGACUCAUUAGAUAUCGUGCUAACUCGGCUUUUGAGUGCACGUUUUCUGACAUUUGAUAGGCGGAUAACCGAAUGCUACUCGCAAUUGGGUGCUGCAGUCAAGACUGCACAGGCAUUGGGUCUCCAUCGAGAUGGUGCGAACAUGAAUAUGGACCCAUCUAUGGUGGAAUAUCGACGUAGGAUAUGGUCAUACUUAUAUCAUGCCGACCGGUCCUAUGCCCUCGUUCUUGGGCGGCCAAACUCCAUUCAAGACGAUUACACCAGCACCUUACCUCCUUCCAAUGUUGAUGAUGAUUCCCCCUCCCCUUCUCCCGGCAUACGGACUUCACUCCCUCUUUCCAACCCAACACGGAUGACAUACGUCAUUCUACGCCACCAACUGGCCGCAAUAAUAGGCCGUAUGGUUCACCACUUCCAGCAAGUGCGCACAGGCAGUCAUUAUUCUGAGGUGCUGGUCAUCGACGACGAAUUGCUUCACUUUAUGGAAACGCUUCCACCUCAUUUCUCUCUGGAUCCGGAUCGAUCUCUUGAUGAAAAGCUUGCAUAUAUCCCCAUUCACAGGUUCUUGUUGAUUACCGAAGUACUCUUCGUGCGGAACAGUCUACACAUGCCUUAUAUCUUACGCAAACUCAAAUCUGACCGACCUACGCCUUACGCCAGGUCCCGAAAUGCCUGUUUUGAGUCAGCAAUUAAAGACUUUACCGUCCGGAGGGCAUUCCAAAACACAGUGCCGAAAGAGACGAGGGAGUCUCUCUCCAACGCAUACCGAGAAUUCCAGACAACUUUGAUUGCGGGAAUUUACCUCGUUCUCGAUCCCGCCGGUCUUCACUCUAUGAAGAUGCACGAGAUACUGGAUCAUUUUGUAUCCUCCCACGAGGGUAUUCGAGACCUAGAUGAAACGACGAGGCGGGAGCUCAAAACUAUCGAAUUCCUCAAAACCAAAGCCUCGCAAAUGUUGAACCAGACAGAUGGCCCUCAUCGUAUUCUCAAUGACCCAAUCGUGCCCAACGGCGAUAGCUCAGAGCAUCCAGCACAUUUGUUGCUUGGACUCCAAAACCCAACUCCUAAGACACCACCGAUACGGACAGCAGCAUCUUCGCCUCUUGUCCGAGGCCCACAGUCACCGACAUUCCAGCGACUCCAACGAGAGGCGUUUGAGGACUUGCCGAUGUCUCCCAUCACAACUGGUAGUCCAGAGGACGAAUCGGCUCAAUCGUUGCUGGAUCAUUGGUGUAAUACCAUAAGCAACGGACAAAUCGAUGGGUCGAAUGGAAUCAGUGCUUCUUGGGGGAUGCCUGUGAGCAGUGAUAUUUCUGGGUGGGUUGGAACUGCGCCAGUAGGAACCUCACAACAAGGUCUCAUUCCUGGUCUUGCAAAUGAUGACGGAGAUGGCUGGAACUCUAACUACUGGGAAGCUAUAGUUACUCGUAUUCGAAGCGCAUAG